UCGUCCACCAAGGGAGAUUGGCAGGGGCUAAACUACUGGAUAAACGUGAUUAUGUUUCCUAGCUAUGUUCGAUGAGGAUGAUUACUAUGUGCGACAAUGAAUCAAAAAGAAACACUGCAGUGCAGUGUGUGUGCGUGCGUGAGGGAGCAUGCGCGUAAAAAUAAAAAUUACCGUAAGUACAGACGUUACAAGGACUGUUACCUAUAGAAGCGGUGAGGGCGAUGAACAAAUGGUGCGAUGCAAGGUGCCACGGACAGGCCCCCACUUUCCCGUGUGAACUGCCCCAAAUGACAGUAACGAAGUUGGCCAAUCGCCCUUAGUGGAUAACGGCCAUUUCCCCGAGGAUGAUGAAGAAGAAGAACGAAGUUGGUGUAAAUACCUAUUGCACGCAAUCACGUCAUAACGCAACGCAACGCGUCACGUGCCAAGCUCGCGGCCACGGGCCCUUGCUCCCGAUCUAUUCCAGACUGUAACGCGCACCUGAGCAGUCUGGCCUUCGUACUGUUCUGUGCCUCUGCAACAUGGCCUUCAAUACCUUGGCGGCACUGUUCGUAGUUUUCUACUACGUCACCAUCGUCACCAUCGGCGUAUGGGCAGGACGAAAGGUGCAUACCGGGGACACCAGAGAGGCUUACCGUCGGUCCGCCAGGAGGAACAGAGAUGCGAGCGAGCUCUUCCUGUUGCGCAUGUACAUUAGCGAACGCAAGGUGCCGCUCUACCUUGGCUUUGCGUCCAUGACAGCCACCUGGGUUGGAGGAGGCUACCUCAACGGUGCAGCCGAAGUUGUGUACAGCUCUGGGCUGAUGUGGUGUCAGGCGCCUGCUAGCUACGCACUAAGUCUCCUACUAGGUGGCCGUCUGUUUGCGAGCAAGAUGCGUGCCUCGAACGCCAUCACCAUGAUGGACCCAUUUCAGGAGCGACUCGGUAAAUGGGUCUGUAUUCUGCUAGUCAUCCCAGCCGUUUGUGGAGAGAUCUUCUGGACCGCCUCCAUCUUGUCCGCACUAGGUCUGUGCAUUCUUGCGAAAAAAAAAAAAAACUGUCGUCUGCUAACUUACUGUCGUCUGCUAACUUACUGUCGUCUGCUAACUUACUGUCGUCUGCUAACUUACUGUCGUCUGCUAACUUACUGUCGUCUGCUAACUUACUGUCGUCUGCUAACUUACUGUCGUCUGCUAACUUACUGUCGUCUGCUAACUUACUGUCGUCUGCUAACUUACUGUCGUCUGCUAACUUUCUUUCUCGUCAAACCAGGCACAGCGGUACGGAUAAUCGUGGAGAUCGAGACCACCACUUUUCCCAUAAUCGCGUCCGCUGCCGUCAUACUCUUCUACACGUCUCUCGGAGGUUUCUAUUCCGUCAUAUACACAGACCUGUUCCAGGUGGCAAUGACGAUGGUGGGACUGUGGACGAUUGUGCCCUAUGUCCUGGGCCAUAAAGACGUUGGUACCGUUCAUGGCAAAGACGCCGACUGGGUUGGCGAAGUCUUCUUUGAAGACGCUGGCAUCGCAUUCGACUUCUUCCUCAUGACUGCGCUUGGAGGAAUUCCUUGGCAGGUCUACUUCCAGCGCGUCCUUAGCGUUUCCAGCAGCUUUGAUGCCGAAAUGAUGUCUUACCUGGCCGCUGUAGGCUGUAUCUUCCUGGCGCUACCGCCUAUCAUGGUAGGAGCCGCGGCAAAGACAACAAAUUUCACCCUGGUGGGUUACAAGGGGCCUUUUCAACUGCGCCCGGAUGAUGUGCCAAGCGUCCUCCCUAUCUGCAUCCGACUGUUCGCACCUUCAUUUAUGUCCAUCGUAGGACUGGGGGCCAUAACAUCGGCGGUCAUGUCGUCUAUGGACUCUUCCAUGCUGAGUGCCGCUACGUUGGUCACGAGGAACGUCUACCAUCAACUGUUCAGACCCACAGCAGGCGACAUGGAGAUAGCGACGUUCCUCCGUGCUAGCGUGUGCGUCAUCGGAGCCUUAUCUACUUACAUGGCCCUGUCUGUCACUUCCGUCUAUGCCCUCUGGAUCUUCAGCUCGGACUUGGUCUACGUUCUCCUCUUCCCUCAACUAGUUUCUGUUUUCUACUUCGAGGUUCGCACUGUAUUCCAUAUUAAUUAUGAACAUACGAACGCCUACGGUUCUGUCUGCGGCUUCGUAUUGGGCGCCCUGUUACGUCUCAUCAGCGGCGAACCUUCCAUGGGAGUACCUGUGCUCCUACGGUACCCGUUCUAUGACGAAGACACCGGACAGCGGUUCCCAUUCAGAACCUUCUGUAUGUUCCUGAGCUUCACGAGCCUCCUGCUAUUCUCCAAGCUGACGGAACACCUGUUCCAUUCUGGUGCGCUGGCCCCUCACCUCGACUACUGGAACUGUUACCCCGAUCUCCAUCCGCCUCCGAAGGAACCUGAACCGGAUCAGCCUGUCAACCCAAUUGAUGUAGUUCCGAGCAACAUGGAAUCCUCUGUGUCGUCGAAAAAGUCUUCGAAGGAGAAACCAUCAAAGAAAAAGAUCCCUAGAUAGUUGAUAUUAUACGGCUGUUAUUGCAUAUCGAUGUUGACGUGCAACAAAAAAUAUUGGAAAAAUAUUUUAUUUUCCGCAUUGAUGUUGCACACUGAGUCGCCAUAUAGUACUAUGCUUCGAGAUUUUAAAAGUGCUAAUGAAACCAACUGAACGUUCUUUGCAAUCGUG